AUGCCUACUCUCGACCGCGCCGAGUUGCCGACAAAGCGCAAGGAGACCCGCAAAGUCCGCAGUCCGAGCUCGAGCUUAGAGCCGGAGUUCUGCCCGGAACCCACCUCUUUUCCUCAGAACCCGCACCUACCAGAGAACGUGAUCUACGAGAUAGCAACGUAUGCUACGGAUAAGACGAUAUGGCGGAUGAUGGCGUGUACUAGGAGCAUGCGGGAGGCGGCGGAAAGGGCGCUUCAGCCAUAUUUGAGGGAGAAGGUGAUUACGGUGAAUCCGCCUUGGCUAUCAGAUGAGAAGCUCUUCGCAUGGGCUUACCAAGGCGACACUCUAUAUGCCGUCAACAACCGGUUCGACCGGCAUCUCGCUGCGUAUCCACCCACCUUGGUCCACCUCCACAGCGCCGUCAUCGAAGUCAGAGAUGACGACGAGGAGGCAGGAUGGAAACAGCUGGAACGGGUCGGCCCUCAGCUCGAGCGCCUCGAGAGGCAUCUCUCGGACCGGUACACCAGAACCUUGGCGCUCAGACCGAGAUACGGUAUGCGGAAUCGUACCUCUGUCGUAUUGGGAAUAGUAACCAGCUCGACAGUCUCGAAGAGAUUCAGAUCACCGGGUGCGGUCAUCGGGUCCCCUCACAUCGCACUCUACAUCUGGACCGAAUGGCUACCCAGCACGCCAUCUCUGCGCCGCCUCACCAUACGCACACCGCCGGUCCUUUCCGUUCCCACUAGCUGGGUGGUCAGCAAACCCGCUUUCGGUGCAAAUACACCGCUUUGCACGCACAUCAACUCUCUCGCCCUGGACGAGAUCAGCUCGCGUGAUUUCGUUCAGGCCCUGCCGGAGAUGAAGCGGCUUUCGGUCGAUUCGGUAUGCUUCCAAAACAUCAGCAAUCUGGUGCUGGAGCGGUUGGAAGCAGAGGGGGAGCGGGGCGCGCUAUCAGGUUACCCCCUCCUGGAUACUCUGAUCGAUUCAGGAAUUGGCGGAUCGACCGAGCCUUCCUUCGCUUCGUCUGACAGCUGGGUGGAUCGGCGCUUGAAUGGGAACGGGACCGGUUGCAUCAUGCCGGCGACGUCCCCGACCCAGACGGAUCCCUUCGAGCUCUACAAUACCUCCACUCUCGUCGCCUUCUUCGACUUCUACCCGUCCCUCCAGCUCGCUCAAUGGCUCAUCGCCUUCCCCUCCGAUCCCUUCAGCGCCGACCUCCAAACCUCCCCCAUUUCAAGCGCCUGUGGUCUGCCGGGUCGUCCGGUCGGAUCGCAGCACCUAUCAGCGGACGGUCCUUCGGCAGUCUCGACCUGGUAUGGAAGACGUGGACAUCUCGAUGGUCGAGGCGAGGUGAGGGGCGAAGUCAGACGACGUGUAGCGGGCUAA